AGGUUGCACAAACACACAAAUCUCUGUAACGCUCUACACUAGUGCCUAGUCUAGUCGAAUUAGAGGGGCCUGCAGCUAAGGAAAUGUUGUCAUCAUCAAUGGUGGUACCUUCAUUCUCCUCUAUGUAGCCAAUUGAAAUUAAUUGUUUGAGGAUGUUAUCUUCUUGAUUGUUAUGUGAAUGAAUGCCAUGAUUUCAUCUCAUGUUUGUGUUUGUCUAUGAAUUUCGAUGCCUAUGAUUAUGCAUGGAUGCUUUCUUGUAUUCGAUGCUUAUGAUGGUCACUGAUGUUUCCAUCGAUGCUUAUGAUUCUAUAGUAUGCUACUAUAUGCAUUGUGCUUAUAAUUAUCUAGAUUGUCAAGAAAUUACAUUCUAGGGGUACCCCAGUCUUGCUACACUAGUAGAGAUGGAAUGGUCAACCAUCUAUGCUUCGAGUAUCAUGAUUGGUUGAUUGUUAGAUCAUCCAUGCUAUAGACUAUAAUUAUAGUUCGUAAAAUCCCAAAAUUAACUACAUGUUAUCCUAUCUUCCUUGUUCUUCAUUAAUUAGGUAAUGACAUGAAGCGAAAGCACGGUUUAGCUAGUUAAAUUUCUUUCGUUAGAGGUGCAUGCAGAUGUAGAGAGUGGCAUUAAAGGAAGGGAUAGGAUGUUGCAAUAGAUAAAUCAUUGGUGCAUGAUGUGAAUGAGCCAUAGUUUGUAUGAUUAUCUUCGAUUUCACUACAUUUUACAAUAACGUAUCUUUACUUUUAUGCAACUAUAAAUUGAAAAUAUCUAAGCAACUUUAUUUUUGUGUAUGUCAUAAUGGUUGGUGUGAGUAGUUGUGCAUUAGAAGACCUCGAAGAAUACGACCAUAGGACAUCCUAAGACUUUUUAACACUUGUAUGUUACUAGGCAUCAAUUUUUUGGCGCCAUUGUUGGGGAUUUCUAAUCAUAUAUAAAAGCAUCUAACCAUCUUAUGUCUAGUAUUGAGUCUUUUUUGUUUUGUAGGUCUUCGUAUGAGUCCCAUAAGUAUUAGAAGAAAGACUAAAAAACCUUAAGAUCGUGGAAGAGAUACUUCAAGAAGGAGGAGCAUAGAAUUCACCCAUCUUGAAGACAAAGGAAGGGGCAUUUAACUUAGGUGAAGAAGAGCCCUCAAGCCCCACCAAUUUCUAGCAAGCCUUGGAAGAGGAGGGCAACAUAGAUGAAGACAACUUCGAUUAGGAGUAAGAAGGAGCAUCUUCAACAUUUUCAACACCAACAAUGGCUGGAGAAGACGGAAAAAUGCAAGUGGCUAUUCCACCAACUCUUUACGAGUACUCAAGGCCAAGAGCAUCCAAAAUCACCUCAAGCACUGUUGUGCCACCAACGACCAUAGAGAUCAGAACUCAACUCAUCCAAAUGGUGCAACAAGCAUGAAAGUUUGGAAGGGGGAAUGAUGAUGAUCUGGUGCAACACUUGAAGACAUUCUUAGAGAUCGCUGAUUCCGUACCAGAAGAUGAUAUUACCAAAGAUGGAAUUCGACUACGACUUUUCUCAUUCUCACUUGGAGGAGAAGCAAAGUAGUGGCUCGACUACCAUCCACCAGGAACCUUCACCAUGUGGGAGACGCUUUCUCAAGCAUUCACUGAGGAGAAAUAUCCACCAUGGAAGACAAAAGAUUUUUGAGAUGAGAUCACUCAAUUUCAACAGAAGGAAGGAGAGACUUUCUAUGAUGCUUGGAGGAGAUUCCAAAACUGUAUCAAAGCAUUCCCCCAUCAUGGAUUCACACCAGAGAAAAUUGCAAAGUGCUCUGACAAAGGCCUUGAUCGAGACAUUAUGAUGAUGGUAAACCAGUCGGUCGAUGGAGAUUUCACAACAAUGACGGGAGUGCAAUGCCAGGAGCAUUUCACCCCACUAGCAAGGAAGUCAAAGAACUGGUCCAAGUGCCCAUCAAUGACUAAACCAUUGAAAGCUACCUAAGGAAGGAAGGAUGAUGUUUGCCACCCUCUAUGCAUACAUGAAAGAUCUUACUCAAGAAUUAAGGAAGACUUCAAUGGAUCCAAAGAAUGGACCAGUUGCAUCCUUGCUCAUUUGUGAAGCAUGCAGAGAAGAAGGUCAUAAAGGAUUCAAAUGCUAUAGCCAAGAAGGGCAGAGACUAACUUAUGUCAAUUAUAUUAAUCAAGGCUAUCAAUCGAGGUCUUAACAAGGUAUUUAUGCUCCUUAUCAAAGAUUUAACAAACCUUGAAAACCAUGUGGUCAAUGGCUUGCUCCAAGAGGGAAGAAGCCCGAUGACUACCCUAAUAUCACAUCUACCAAUGAACCAUAUGUUCAUGAAGCACAAUGGCAAAAGAAACCAAAUCCACCUAGAAUUGGAAAUCAACCUCAAUACAAGGGGCCAUGAGAAGGUUUUUCCAAUUCACAACCCACUAGAUUCAAGAAGCUAGAGGCAACUGUUAUAGGAUUGCAAAAGAGCAACAAGAAUAUCGAAACACAACUUGCACUCCUAAUUGAUGAUCAACUUCAAAAGCCUCGAAGCAACUUCCUGAGAAACAUAAUAAAAAAUUCAAAGAAGGAGGAAGUAAAUGUCAUCUUGACUAGGAUAGGAGUAGCCAAAAGUUUCCCGAGCAUGAAAAAAAUAAGAAGAGAAGAAGGAAGUUGACUAUCCAUCCCUCUUCUUAAAUCUUAUAGAAGCUUUUGGAGGAGCAAAAAUGGUAAUGCCAAUAUUGGAGAAGAUGAUUUCAACAAAACAUCUUAAGGAAAAACGGGAGAUCUCUAUGAAAGAAGAUGACAGGGUCGAAGAGAAGGAGACCACAAUCAAGAAAAAUCGUUGGGGGGUGUUCAGAAUUCGUCCUAGUCAAUGAAGUAAAGAAAGAUCAGAGGCACAUCAUCAUCACAUGUCUCAUGGAUGACCAUCACAUAGAAAAAGGUCUAGUUGACAUUGGCUCAAGUGCAACAUUCUACCAAUGUGCAAAUAUGAAGAGAUGGGACUAACCAACAUGGAGUACGCCAACGUUGAAAUCAUGCUAGCCAAAAAUACCCAUUGCAAAGCUCCUGGGAUUGUUCCUGACCUAAGAACCCUAGUUGGUAAGUUGUUCUUCCCUGACUACCUCGUGAUCCAAAUGGAGAUAAGCAAUGGAGAAGUAACCUUACACGUGGGAAAGCUUCUAUACAAAGUAUAAAGGCCAAUCAAGAAG